GCCGUAGCCGGGUCAGGAAGCCGGGAAAGAUCGGCCUGGUGCAGAGGCCACAGAUCGGGGCGUCCACAUCCUGUAGAAGGGCGAGCGGCGAGUGAGACUCGAGACCCGAACUCUUACGCUGGCUGGCAGACUAGAAGCAAAUUAAACCGAGCAGGCAUCCGCAGCUCAAACGACGACGACAUGGAGCUUUGAAGGUGGAAGUAGCACGGUGUCGGCCAUGGGUCAUCAGGACACAGCCGGACAAUGUGGACCACUUUCUUCAAACUACGAGUCUUCUGCUGUCUGUUUGCAGUGCUAAUGGUGGUGGCGUUGGUCGUCAAUGUCACUCAGGUGGAGUACUUGGACCAUGAGACUCUCUCAGGGACAUUCAUCGACAGCAGUGGACAGUUUGUUUCCCCGCAGGCUACGGGCAUUAGCCGGAAUCCGUACUGUGGUUAUGAGCACCAGGCCCUGUCCAGUCAGGAACGCUUAGAAGAGGAUGCAUUGCUUGCUGCCUCACAGUGGCAGGUGCCUGACGUGGACUUGGUCCCUUUUGUGAAGAGCACCGACCCUUCCUCCAGCUAUUUUGUCAUCUUGAAUUCUGCAGCUGUCUUCAAGGUGGGGAGCCAGCUCGAGGUGCUGGUUCACGUGCACGAUUUUGAAGGGAAGCCCAAGAAGUAUGGCGGAGACUACCUGCAGGCCAGAAUUCACUCGCCCAAGCUGCAGGCAGGGGCCAUGGGCAGAGUGGUAGACUACCAGAAUGGAUUCUACAAAGUGUUUUUUACGCUGCUCUGGCCUGGCAGAGUUAGAGUGUCCAUAUCUUUGGUUCACCCCAGUGAAGGGAUCAGAGUUCUUCAGUACCUGCAGGAAGCGAAACCAGACAGGGUCUAUUUCAAGAGUCUCUUCCGCUCAGGAAGGAUUUCGGAAACGAUGAAGUGCAAUGUGUGCCUCCCGGGAAGUCUUCCCCUGUGCAACUUUACAGACCUCUACACCGGGGAGCCCUGGUUCUGCUUCAAACCAAAGAAGCUCCCUUGCAGCAGCAGAAUCAACCACUUUAAGGGCGGAUACAUGAAGGGCCUUCUCACUGCUGCGGACAGUGCUUUCUUUCAGAGUGGUGUCAAUAUCAAAAUGCCGAUCAACUCCAGCGGACCUGACUGGGUGACUGUGAUUUCCAGGAGAACGAAAGAUUUAGUGGAGUUUAAUUUGGGUAGUCCCAAGAACGUUGGUCCCUUCCUUGCAGUGGACCAGAAACACAACAUCUUGCUCAAAUAUCGCUGCCAUGGUCCACCCAUCCGCUUCACGAGUGUCUUCAGUAGUGAGCUUCACUAUGUGGCCAAUGAGCUGAAUGGGAUUGUGGGAGGGAAGAACACAGUGGUUGCCAUAGCCGUGUGGUCUCACUUUAGCACAUUCCCCUUGGAAGUAUAUAUCCGGAGACUCAGGAACAUCCGACGAGCCGUCGUCCAGCUCCUGGAUCGAAGCCCUAAGACUGUGGUUGUCAUCCGGACAGGCAAUGCCCAAGAGCUGGGGCCUGAGGUCAGCCUUUUCAACAGUGACUGGUACAACUUUCAGUUGGACACUAUCCUUCGGAGGAUGUUCUCAGGGGUUGGAGUCUAUCUUGUUGAUGCCUGGGAGAUGACCUUGGCUCAUCACCUACCCCACAAGCUGCAUCCAGAUGAAGUGAUUGUGAAGAACCAACUGGACAUGUUCUUAUCUUACGUGUGCCCCUUGGAGACCUAAGUGUCUACUAAAGGACUCCCAUUCAGGGACCUUUCCAGUUGACUUGUAGGAUAGAAAGUUUGUAAUCGGCUCCAUCGUGAGAUGGAUGCGAUCAGUACGUUUGACAUUUCAAAAAAAAAAAAAAAGAGCUGUACUUUGCAUAGUGACUUGUAAAGAACUUAGGCAGUGUAGACUGCACUUGUGUGUCUACCUGUAGGAUUUUUCCGUCUUGACAUAGCCAUUGUAGAGCUCUUAUUAACAGCGUCUACACACUGUAUUGCCCUGUAACCAAAGAUGCUAACGAGUGUAUUUGAGCUAGCUUCUCCCGGGGCGGAGAUUUCUGUGCUAAUGCCGACCUGAAGUGUUUCGAGUAAACAGAACGGAUAGAUUUGGUUGGCAGUGCUAGGUCUUCCAUUUGCCUGGUAAAGGAAAUGGAACAUGUCUUCAUGAACAGCACAAGGAUCCCUCCUCAGGAACAGAGCAUUUCUCGUCAGAGGUUCUCAUGGCCACGCUGAAGACUGCUGUAUCUCAGGAGUUUCUGUUGACUUUUUUCCCCCCUGAAUCACUUGGAAAGGCCAAUAUGUGUGGUCAGAAUUUUAUAAUAAGAAUAUUAACAAUUUCCUGCUUUUGUCUAGGGAAGAAGCUAAACAGAAGAGCAGAAAUCUGUGCUUUGGAUUGGUAUUCGCGUUUGAUAAUUAUUUCUUACUUGAUUCAGCUACGUUUUAGGUGAUGAAUAGUUAUUCUAGAAUGACUGCUUUUGGAAACAAAUAUGGAAACAGAAGUUUAUUUUCAUGUUCUGGAGCGUGUGCUUUUUGAGAACUGAUUCUUAUGUAAAGAAUGCUGCUGAAUGUCAUAACAUUGUAGACUUUCUCCAAUCAGAAGUUCCUAGUGUUUCUCUUUCCUUUUAGCUGUCAUGAAGCGUAUGCUGAAUUAGACAUCAAACCAGAUCAGAAAUUAAUAAAAUUAGAUAUUAAAGUCCAUGGUAGCUAUUUUUUGAUUUGGGCGUAAAUUAUACAUGCACAUUAUCUCAUGCUUGGAAGUAAAAAGCUACUAUUUAGCUAUCUGUUAUUCCUGCUAGCUUUUCGUCUUUUUGGACUGUGGCUCAAACCCAAGACCUUGACCAUACUAGGCAGGCACUCUAUGGAGUUACAUUCCUAACCCAUUUCUGAACAUCCAAAAAUAAAAGGAUUGGCCAUUUUUAUUGGACUUUGUCUUAAUGAAAUUAAAAUUAGGAUAUUUAAUAAGUAGUUUUCACAUUACAAGAGGUUAUAAUUUACUUUUGCUUUCCCUAAACAGACAUAUAUGAACAUUGGGGUGUCUUAGGAGAGAAAGACAAAUGCUUAAAGCAAGAAAAAAAUGCACCCUCCAAAGAAUGAAAAAUUGGGGCUUGUAAUGUAGAGGAUUCAAGUUCUUCCUUUUCUACUCUCGAGGAGAGCAGUAAGUUUAUAAAAUAUUUUGUGGGGAAAGUUUUAUAAUUGUUUUUGGAAUCUGAGCAGGCCAGUGAAGCUAAACGUUUAUGACAGCUUAGUUUUUGCAGAACUGAGCAAGAAACUACUGGGGCCUUGAGCAUGCUAGGCAAGCUUUCUGACCCUGCACCAAACACCCAGUUCUGUUAUUUUUUAUAAUUACAGAAGUCUCAGUAAGUUCACAGGUCGGUCUUGAGUUUGGUUUGUGGCUUUCAUAGAUAGGCUUUGAAUCUGCUACCUUCCUGCCUUAGCCUCUCCAGUAACUGGACCUAUAUAGGCUUUGCCACUGGCCUGCUUGCUUUAAAUGGUCCUUCAGCUUACAGUGUUUGAUAAAAAUGAAUGAGAGGCUCUACCUCCAGGAAUUAUGGAAUUAAUCUUUGUGAUAAAUGCCCAGAGAUUCUGAUGCAGUUGUAGGGUUCCAUAUUUUGAGAAACAGUGACAAAGAAAAGAUUGAUCUAGAGAAGUAACAUUGCUUUAUCAACUUCUUAAUUCUGGUCAUGAUUCAGAAAUAUAGGUGAUAAACUAGGUGGCGGUGGUGAUACACACCUUUAAUCCCAGCACUCGGGAGGUAGAGGCAGGUAGAUCUCUGUGAGUUCGAGGCCAGACUGGUCUACAAGAGCUAGUUCCAGGACAGGCUCCAUAGCUACAGAGAAACCCUGUCUCAAAAAAACCCAGACCAAACUAAACCAAGCAAAACAGAAAUAUAGAUGAUAUUAGCUCAUUUUUUUAUAGGAAGAACUCAAAUUUGAAUUGGACUAAGGUAUGUGGAGUCCAUGGCCCUGUUUAGCUACAACUUGUUUGACUUCUGUGAAGAGAUUUUAUGUUCGAGAACUUUUGUACAUUUCCUUAGGGAGGAUUUUGGGAGGAAGCCAAAGAAUCCCUUUCCCAGUGAAGCUUCAAGGACUGUCCACCAGUGGUUUAGAGUGAUUUCUAUGGCUGGUUUCUUGUGACCUUGUUCAGUUUCUGCUUUUCAGUUUGCUGCACGAGGCCGUAGUGGGUUUGAUGGCACAGUUUCUUGAAGCCCCUUUAGCGCUUCCGUCCCCUGUUUAUCUUCACCCACUCUGGUGUGGGAAUGUUUAUCCAAAUUAGAAUGUCGCUUAGAUAUUUCCCAGCACAGUUAGAUACAGGCUGAGCAUUUCUAACCUGAUUAUCCAGAACUCUCCAAAAUCUAAAGCUUUCUGAAUCAAUGAGUCACACAAUGAGUCAGACAGAUGUGGGGCUGGAGACGUGGCUCAGAUUUUGGAGUAUUUGCUGCUCUUCCAGAGGACUGAGCCUGAAUCCCAGCACCCAUGCCAAGUGACUCACAAACCACCAGUAACUGACGCUACAGGUGGGUCCGAUGCCUAGUUUUUGUCUAGCUGCGUUCGUGUGGCAUUCACUCACACCAAAACACACAGAAACAGACAGACCCACACACAGGCAUAGACUAAUAGACAGACAGACAGAUGGACGGAUGACCUCCCCCCCCCCCACAGGAACACACACAUACACAGAUAAAAUACUAAAAACCAGGCGUAGCAUAUGCUUUUAAUCCCAGUUCUUGGAAGGCAGAAGCAGGCAGAUGCCUGUGGAUUCAAGGUCAGCCCGGUUUACUAGUGAGUUCCACACUUUAACCAGAGUAACUUGAUGAAACAUUGUCUCAAAACAAACGCAAAACAAACAAACCAACUAAACCAAAUGCGUACAUACAAUAAGAAUAUAAAAAGUCUUAAAAAUAAUCUUACAUACAAUAAGAAUAUAAAAAGUCUUAAAAAUAAUCUUUAGAAAGCAGACAUGCUAAAUGUUACAUAAGAUUUCCUUAAAGAUAUAUAUGUAAAGUAUAUGUGAGACCUACAUUUCCUAUUUAGGCUCGUGAUACAUUAAUGUGUUAUAUACACAUAGGUGUGUGAAUAUAUAUAUCAUACACACACAUUUAUAUUCCCAAAUCUAAAAUAAUUUAAAAUCUAACAAUUAUGGUCUCAAGGACUUCAGAUAAGGGCUUCUUAACCUUAUAAACAUUUUAUAGGUCAGUUAGUCCCACAUAGUUGUGAAUUUCAGCAUGCCAGAUGACAAUGUUUAAGUACACAUUUCUCUUGAUAAAUACAAAGGUGAUCAUAGUUUUAAAGAACUACAAAAUUUUAAUUAAGGACCCAAUCCAUAAAUCAGUUAAACAUUAGCUAAUUCAGUUGAAUUCAAAUGAACACUAGACAUGCUUUCUUGUUUUUUUUUUUUUUAAACCAUAUACAAUUGAUCAUCUUUAUUUCUAGGUUCCAUAUCACUGGCUUAAGCGAACUUCACAUAAAAAUAUCUGGGAAAAUAUUGCAUCUAUACUAAAUGUAUACACUUUUCCUGUCAUUAUUAUAUAUAACCAAUAAAGUGUAGCAUCAAUUUAUAUAACAUUUACAUUCUAUUAUGUAUUAUAAGUAAAUUAGAGAUGAUUUAAAGUAUGAGGGAGGAUGUUUGUUAGACACGGAUUCUCUGCCAUUUUCUAUAAAGGAGCUGAGCACCCACAGAUUUUAGUUUAAUUAAGCCUGAGUCGAGUAUUCUCAGACUAUAGUAUCAUUGAUCCUAGCGCCCAAAUCCUGAGUGAUCGCUGGAGUUGGAAUCACAGAGUACAUGUCAUUUGGGCCUUUACAAAAUUAACCUAUAGUAUAAAUAUUUUUAUAUGUUGAAUAGCCUUAAUAAUUACAAAAGUCUGCCUAAAAUUGUGCUAUCCAGUAACAGUUUUAUUAUGUCAGUUGGUCAUUAUGGUCGGAUGUUUGGGAUUGUAAUAAAAUACUGAAACUUGUUUA